UAAUAAUAAAAAAAAAAUUAAAUAUAAAACGAGUUUAAUUUUAGUACUGCUUUAUGCUGCAUACUUCUAAUGAAAAUUGUUUCUAAUCAAUCCGUCCAAACUAUGAUUGCGGCGGCGAAACGGCCAUUCGCCGCCGUCAAUUGGCCGCCGGCCGUCAAAUUCCCGGCGAAUUUCGAGGCUUUUAUCUCUGUUUGCCGCCAGAUUUCAACCCUAGUCUGGUUAGAGUACGCCGUGUCAAUAAUUUCAUUUAUUCUCUACUCUGCUAGUACCUUUAUCGCCGUCACUGUACCUGCAUGGGUGUUUUCAUACCCCACCAGGAAGAAGAAAUUCGAUAAACCUGUUAUCCCUGCCGCGGCUCAAUUUGUGGCUGAGAUCAACGGAGAGUCGUCGGAUGAGGCGAGGAUUGAUUUACAACCCUUGGCUGAAGAUGAUCAGAAACCUGUUAUCCCUGCCACGGCUCAAUUUGUGGCUGAGAUCAACAGAGAGUCGUCGGAUGAGGAGGGGAUUGAUUUACAACCCUUGGCUGAAGAUGAAUUAUCUCGACAGAUCUCACACGAAACAGUGACACCACCCGAUGACGAACUUACAAACUACGACGCAGAGGAAAUCCAUUUACAAGAAACGGUACUAGCUUCUAUUUUACCUUCGCCCUCGUUUCUUCUAGAAGAAGAAGAACCUAUCGUCGAGACUUCUUCUAGAAGCUUCUGCGAGAUUUGCUUGGAGGAAAAAGCCAGCUGGCAGAUGUUCGAAAACGACAGGUGCCCCCACUCCUUCUGCUACGAAUGCACAAUCAGCCACAUUAUUUCCAAGAUCCAAGACAAAGCCAAUGAGAUACCCUGCCCUGCCAUAAACUGUAAGGCCGUCCUAAAUUCCGACUCCUGUCGGCAAAUUAUCCCACAAAAAGCCCUGGUCCAGUGGGACGAGAUCCACUGCAUGUCCCUUAUCCUGGACUCUCAGAAGCUCUACUGCCCGUUUCUUGAUUGUUCGGCUUUGUUCGUGAAUGAGUUCGGUGGGAUUUUAGGUGAGAUUGAAUGCCUCGUCUGUAAGAGGAGGUUUUGUGGGGAGUGUAUGGUUGCUUGGCAUUCAGAUUUUACGUGUAAGGAGUUUCAAAAGGUGUACGCGAAAAAGGGCGGGAAAUCGGAUAAGAUUGUGAAGAUGCUUGCGAAGAAGAGGAACUGGCAGAAAUGCCCCAAGUGCAAGAUGUAUGUUGAGAAGGCUGAGGGGUGUUUGCAUAUUACUUGUAGGUGUAAGUAUGAAUUUUGCUACAGGUGUGGCUCUAAGUGGUCCGAAUCCGAAUCGCACGGGAAUUGCAAGCAGAAGUCGCGAUGUUGUAUUUUCUUUUAAUAUUACAGUAUCGUAAGCUCUCCGGUGAAGAUCUCCGUUCGUUUUUUCGCUACACACGUAUGGAUGUGUUUGUGUGUUUGUGUGUGUAAAUGGAAGGGGUCUAGGGUAUUGCAUUGUAUAUAUGUAUAUAGUUUUUUUGUUAAACUCUGAUUUAGGAAAUAAAUUGAAUAUAGCUAGUGAGGUAAAUGGUAUAUAAUCAUUUUUUAUGAUUAUUAUUAUUAUUUUUUAAAUCAGGGCUGUAUGUUUUGAUUGUAAUUGUACUAAAAUAUGUUUUGUAAGGUGGUGUUAUUGUGAUGAAAUAAAUUAUGUAAUGCAGCUAA